CCAAAGCUCAGUGUGAGUGCCAGCAACUGUGUCCGGACUCAGUCCGCUCCUCGGGUAUUGACUGCGCGCCGCAGCCAUCGGCCUCCCCACCCGCGCAGCCGUCUGCAGCCCCUACUGCCUGUGCGUCCACGAAGCCCCACACCCCGAGUGGGACGCCACUCAGGACGCCGCAAGCCAGGCCACCAGCGCCAUGGGUCUGCACAAUGCGCCGCGCAGCCUAGGGCCGUUGCCCGGGGCGACCACAAGACGCCCAGCCGAGAGGCUCGUGGCUCCUGCAGAGCAGCACGCGCUUCAGGGCGGGUCCCAGCAGGGGCUGGGGGCCAAAGGAACCAGCUACUCGAGGCGAGCAUGGAGAAUGGCGAAAGGAAGAAGCUGUCUUCCACUUUGUCCGAUGAAGAUCACAAAGAAGAAAAUAAAUUGAAACAAGGAAUUCCCCAAGAUUUGUCUUCUUCCCCCAAAUUAGACAGAUACAAAAUAGCAAGACAAUUAACAGAAAAAGCCAUCAAGGAAAAGAAGAUCUUCUCCAUCUACGGACACUACCCUGUCAUCCGAGCCACACUGCGAAGAAAGGGCUGGGUGGAGAAGAAGUUUAAUUUUUUGCCCAAAGUUCUUCAGAAUGUUGAAGGCGAAGAUAAUAAAAAUGCAGAGACCAAAGAAAAUCAAGAAGUACCCUUGGAGAGAUUAGAUGAUAUCCAUGACGUGAUGUCCAGGUUGGUAAAGAACGAGAUGCCAUACCUCCUCUGGACUAUCAAGAGGGACGUUGUGGACUAUCACAGCCUGACCUGUGACCAGAUGCUGAACCACUAUGGGAAGACGGCGUCGUUUACCACCAAGAUUGGACUGUGUUUGAACAUGAGGAGCCUGCCUUGGUACGUCCAGGCCAACCCCAACACCUUCUUCCCACGUUGCUAUGGCCUCUGCACUGAGACCGAGAAGCAGGAAUUCUUGGAUGACUUUCGGCGCACAGUGGCUUCCAGCAUCCUCAAAUGGGUAGUCAGCCACCAGAAUAACUACUGUAAAAUCAAGGGCAAGAGUAAGAAGGAAGAGGCCAAAAAUGAAGAGCCCAGCCCCCCAAAAGAUCCUGAUAAUACUGACCUCAAGUUCCAAGGCCUCUCAGGACAGCUUGUGGACACAGCAUGCAAGGUGUGCCAGGCAUACCUGGGCCAGCUGGAGCAUGAGGACAUCGAUGCAUCAGAGACCGGCACUGAUGCCUUGUCUGAGGAAGAGUGGAAUGAUCUGACUAAGCAGUACUACUUACUGGUUCAUGGAAAUGCCUUCAUCCUUGAUUCAAGAAGUUACUUUUCACAGUGCCAGACUCUGUUGAGUAAGAUCAGUUCUGUGAACCCUCAGACAGAGAUCGACGGGAUUCGGAACAUCUGGAUCAUAAAGCCUGCAGCAAAGUCCCGAGGUCGAGAUAUUGUAUGCAUGGACCGUGUGGAGAACAUCCUGGAGCUGGUGGCCACAGACAACCAGGCUACAAAGGACAACAAAUGGGUGGUCCAGAAAUACAUCGAGACUCCGAUGCUCAUCUACGACACCAAGUUUGACAUCCGACAGUGGUUCCUCGUCACAGACUGGAAUCCCCUAACCAUCUGGUUCUACAAGGAGAGUUACCUCCGUUUCUCCACACAGCGCUUCUCCCUGGACAAGCUGGACAGCGCCAUCCACCUGUGUAACAACUCCAUUCAGAGGCGCCUCAAGAAUGACAAAGAGCGUAGCCCGCUGCUACCUGGCCAUAACAUGUGGACCAGCACCCGCUUCCAGGAAUACCUGCAGAAGAGAGGUCGAGGGACAACAUGGGGCACCAUCAUCUAUCCAUCUAUGAAAAAAGCUGUCACCAAUGCCAUGAGGGUGGCUCAGGACCAUGUAGAAGCCCGUAAGAACAGCUUCGAGCUCUAUGGAGCCGACUUCAUCCUGGGACGAGACUUCAAACCCUGGCUCAUAGAGAUCAACUCCAGCCCCACCAUGCACCCCUCCACUCCCGUCACGGCCCAGCUCUGUGCCCAGGUGCAGGAAGAUACCAUCAAGGUUGUGGUGGACCGCAAACUGGACCGAAACUGUGACAUUGGCAACUUUGAACUUCUGUGGAGGCAGCCUGCCGUGGAGCUGCCACCGUUCAAUGGGUCUGACCUCUGUGUGGAAGGUAUCAGCGUGAAGAAGCCCAAGAAGCAAAUGCCUCCCAUCACCAACCUCAGCUUCGCAGACUCGUUCUUGGAUACUACGCUCAAAGUGCGCAGCCCCCGGGCUCUACUGGAUGCAACAAUCGGGCCCUCCCGAAUGAGCCUUCGGCAGGACUGGAAACGGGAAGAAGCAAAGGUACUUUCAGCCACCUGGUCUGUACCAGUAACGGCUGCUGAGGGCAGAGGUCAAGCAAAGCCCACUUAUGCAUUCUCGGUUAGUAACUAUCAAGAUGGAGACAGUAAGGCCCCCAAAAGUGUUUUUACCAGAGCCCAAUCCACUAAACACGCGGAUCCAAACUUAACAAGUGUACGGCACACUGCCCAGGUGCUGCAGAAUAUGAAAACCAUGGGGAAGCCCCAGUCUCCACCACCCAGAGCAUCAGGGCUUCCGUGGGACCACCAAGCGCCGUGCCUAGUUUGCUGUGGCUUCCGCCCGCCCCGCCCCUGCAAGCCUCUCACUGCGCCUAGAUAACCAAAAGGCGCCUUCUGCUGCUCCGGGCGGCGGGCGGCCAGGCAGCUGGCGGAGCCCGGGACGAGGACCAGGAUGAGGACCAAGACCGGACCGAGACGCCCCCCAGAUCAUGGCUCGUCUCUGCGGGAACCGACACAUAGACGAGGGACCUUGUAUACAGAGCUAUUUUAGAGAAAUUGUGAUUGCCAACAUGGUAUUUCUUGUGGAGCCCCACCCUCUCCUGUGCCCACAUCCCAGUCCUCCUGCUCACUCCCUGGGCAGACAUUCAUAAGCUUGUUAACUCUAAUCCCUGCUCUGGCCAUGAAACAGAGGAAAGGCAGCCACCGCUGGCACUAUGACAACCUCUCUCCUCUCUGAGGGUCGCCCCUUUGCUGCUUGGUGUCUUCCACCGGGGAGGGUCCUUUGCAGGACGCCCAUUUAUUUAUUUAUUCAAUGAGUCUAGGCUGUGCUGGUGCCCAUGCUUUGCACUCAAGCAUGAGUGCUAGGCAAGGUGGAUCUCUCAAGAUUCUGUGUCACGGUGCAGUUUUGGAGCCUUCUGGAGCUCAAGGGACCAGGCAGCCCAUGGACACCCAAGCGUGGGGAAAGGCCCAAGUCCUCCCUAGACUAAGGCUGAUGAGGGGUCCUGACAUGGUGAACAGGGCCAGCUAUCGGGGACAUUGGAGGUCUGCUAUUAUAUGAACAUGUACCCUAAAAGUUCAUGUCCUGGAAUCUGUGUCCCCAGCGCAACAGUCUUCUUGAGAGAGGAGACCUCUGCCAAGGCCCUGUGAACAGAUUAAUCCUUUCAUGGAUUAAUAGGUUGUCUUGAGUCUGGCUUUGCUUUAAAGGCAAGUUCCCUCAGGUACACUUGUACAGUCUGCAUGUGACACCUUCUACAUGUCAUGACAUCUUACCAAGCCAUCUGACACACACCAACACCCAGCGUCAGUUGCUAGCCCCAUACCCUUGAACU